CUUUCUGCUUUCUGCUGCUGGGGCUUCCCGGAGGAUCUCCGUACAGCUCAAGCGCAAGGCGAGUUGCCGGCACCGCUGCGCGAGGAGCACUCCUGCCCCGCAAUGCUCCCUGCCUUUCUCACUGCGACUCUGGGUGGAUUCACAUAUGCAGCAUUCCAGUGAGGCAGCAAUGAUCAGGUGACGUGUGUACACCAGCUCUAUCUGAGCAGGAGAAAGGAAUCAUAGUCCAGUCCCUUAGUGGACCAGCAGAACAAAAUGUCAGGAAAAGCAGAAGGCGAGAUUCCAGGCAUGCAAGAAAAUGAGAGUGGAAAUAUUCAAGACCUGGAAAAAUGGAAGGAGAAGACUGCAAAAGCUGAAAACCAAAAGGCCAAAUUGCUUCUUGCUAAACUUACCGCUGAUGAGGAGAGAAGAAAAUGGGAAUUGGAGUUAAAAAGACUGAAGGAUGUGGAAGAUAAGCUUGCUAAGGAAAGAAAGCUAGAUUGGGAGAAUUAUCAGAAGAAUCUUUCUAUAAUAAAUGAACAAAAAAAUGAACUGAGAAGGGAAAUUCAAUUCCUUAAAGACAAAAUUACAGCCAAGAAGGCAAAAUGUGAAGAACUUGCUCAGAGAUUCCGGCUUAAAAGAUUCAUACCUGAAACGAAAGUGAAAUUUACACACCUGGAGAAAGUAAAGAAUGAAGAGAUGCAUACGAAUAUAUGCUGCUUUUUUGAUGUCUCCACAAAUAUCUCCUUCAAACUGAACAAAGGAGAAGCUCUCAUCACAUUUGAAGAAGAAAAUGUCACCCAGGAAUUGCUUCAAAAGUCUCAUCAUGUUGUGAACCUGGAAAAUGCAAAGACAGCUGUGAGAGUUCGACCUGUUGAACUGGAGAGUGGAUUAUCAUUUUGGCUCAAUGUUAAGAUUUCUCGAAAGAAGAUUAAUGUUUCUGAUAUCCCUAAUCUACCAAUCCCAGAUGAAUGGGUAAAAGACAAGUUGGAACUGAAUUUCUGCAAAACUAAACCAGGAGGAGGGGACGUACAGGAUGUGUUAUACGACAGGCAGUCUCAAAUGGCCAUCAUUACGUUUGUCCAGCCAGGAGUUGCUAACAACAUUGUGAAAUGGGCAGAAUAUCCUUUCCGUGCAAGUGACGAGAUUUAUGUGGUUAUGGUUUCCCCUAUUGUAGAAAAGUACCUGGAAAGAUUUGAGAUGUUUUCAGGAAUAUCCAAGAGGACAUUAUUAUUGACAGACAUUCAAGACAAGGCAGAAGAUGAGGAGAGCAUGCAGGAUAUGAUAGCAAUCCACUUCCAGAAACCCAGUAAUGGUGGUGGUGAAGUUGAAUACAUCAGAUAUGUUUCGAAAGGAACCAACGUUGCUUAUUUUGAGAUGGAUACAGAGAGUGGUAUAUGACAGUCUGCAGGUGAACCCUACCUCACCUUCACAUUCUGCGAAAGGUCUUGCAGAACAAUUUUUACUAUUUUGUAAUUUUGACAAUUUGCCAUUGACUGUGUGCCUUUUUUGUUCAAAUGCUGCCGAUGGAAACAUCCUGUGCCCUAAAUAGCACAACUGUGAUCCAGUUUGUAGUUAGUCAUGACUAAGUCCGUUAGACAGCAAGAGGGCUCAUUUGUCAUAACUAGCUUGUCCAUGUUAACUACACAGAGACUUACUUGUGACAAAUGUCUACAGAAUAGGGGCUGUACAAGUGAUUGGGAGAUAGAAUAUCACAAUCAUGGGGGUGGUACUCUGGUUUGCAAGUAUCUGAACACGGGUUUAUCCAAAAUCCAGUCGCAUCUUGUUGACUCAAGUCAAGGCUAUGGCCAGCACAUGCAGAGGAGCCCUGCUGGGUCUCUGGAGGUUUCUCAGCCUCCUUUUCAUAUCUUCCUGUUCCUUGUGGAAUCUACUGGUUGGAGUACAAGGAGCUGCAGUCAGAAGUGAAAAUCUAGAGAUCUCUAGCCCAUGUGGAAGUAUUUGCAUUCAUGCAUAAGACCUGUUCAGUUUCUGUCCACAGAUCUGUAAUGAUGUAAUGCUGCAUGAUGUCAUUUAUACACAGUGAAGGCUCUUGGAAGUUUUAAUCAUGUUAGAGAACAUAGGACUUGCUAUUCACUUCUACUAUGUACUGCCUUGGGUGUUCAAAGCAUCCAGUUUUAAGAGAUGAACAACAACUUGGAUCUUCUUUCCUGUUACGCUUGGAGCAGUGGGGGCUAUACAAUUUCUGGGUCUCUCAAGUCCUCACCCUCUGAAAAUCUCAAAUGUUGGCUACAAUGGCCCUGUGAUUGUGCCUUUCUACCAAGAGCUUCUUUCUCAUGAGUUAAAUUUCUUCAAACGUACUUUGUUCUUUCUAAUAAACACUGUCUUUAAACAUCUA